UCGUGGUCGGUACAACCAAACUUUCAUUGACGAAAAGAUCGCGAGCUUUCCUGGUGUCGGGUCUGGGUACAAACAAAAUCUUCUCUAUUUGAGGUUUUUCAGAAUGAGUUAUACAGAAAAGCCUGAUGAAAUUACUAAAGAUGAAUGGAUGGAAAAGCUCAAUAAUUUACAUAUACAAAGAGCUGACAUGAAUCGUCUCAUCAUGAACUAUUUAGUUACUGAAGGAUUUAAGGAAGCAGCAGAAAAAUUUAGAGUGGAAUCUGGAAUAGAGCCUAGUGUUGACUUGGACACUCUUGAUGAACGUAUUAAAAUUCGUGAGGUGAUACUGAAUGGACAGAUUCAAGAGGCCAUUGCGUUAAUAAACAGUCUCCAUCCAGAGCUGUUGGACACAAAUCGUUAUCUCUACUUCCACUUGCAGCAACAGCAUUUGAUUGAGUUGAUUCGCCAACGUGAGACAGAAGCAGCUCUGGAAUUUGCUCAAACUCAGCUUGCUGAGCAGGGUGAGGAGAGUCGAGAAUGUCUUACUGAGAUGGAACGUACACUGGCCCUAUUAGCUUUUGAUAAUCCAGAAGAAUCACCAUUUGGGGAUCUGCUUAAUAUGAUGCAGAGGCAAAAGGUUUGGAGUGAAGUGAAUCAGGCUGUUUUGGAUUAUGAGAAUCGUGAAUCAACACCCAAGCUAGCCAAACUGUUAAAGCUUCUAUUAUGGGCACAGAAUGAACUGGACCACAAGAAAGUUAAAUAUCCUAAGAUGACAGACCUCAGUAAGGGAACAAUUGAGGAACCCAAAUAAAGGCUGUAUGAAGGGAAUGAACAGGAUUAUGGAGUGUCUUCCUGUACGUUAACUACUUGCAGUGUAUCAGAAAGGACUGUAAUAAAUUCACUAAUAAAUGACAGAACAUGUGAAAACAACUCUAUGGUUAAGAAUAAUCACAUUUAAGGCUGGGAUGAAGUCCAAAGCAUUACCAACGCAGUACAUCAGGGAACGUCAUCAAAUGGUUGCUGAAAGGUGAAGGGAUUGCAAGAUUCACCCCAGUCCUAAAUUCAUUUUUUAUGGUAACUUAUAACUUUACCAACUUCGCAUGUUGGACUGAAACUACAAAUUAUUUGGUAUUUACUUUUGGCUGUUGUACAGAGUUUCUAUUUGCAGUUUUUUUUGCUUCAUAUGCUGAUGGUUCUUAACUGUAUGUUUAUAUAUUUUCAGAACAACUUUACUAGACACCUAUCUUUUCUCUAAUUAGUCAUCUUAGAGCUGAGAUUAACCUUGUACUUCAUUUCUUAUGAAUAUCAUCAGAAAUGUUACUGUUAAUAUGGUAUCUGACUGCUGUUAAACUAUUCUGGAGCCAGUUGUGAGUGCAGUAUGGAUACUAAGAAUGUAAUUAGUAGAAAAUAAUUAUUCAUCUUACUUUUGUCAGUCUCAUUAAAAUUUUCCCUUGUCGAGGAAAAAGUUCA